CGUUUCUCCUCCGUUGCCUACCCUCAUGGCAACGGGCAGGUCGAGAACGCCAACAGAACAAUUAUGGAGGGGCUGAAGAAGAAGCUCCAGGCCGCGGGAGGUAGUUGGGUCGACGAGCUCCCCAACAUCCUGUGGUGCUACAGAACCACGCCGAGGAGGGCGACAGGUGAAACGCCUUUCGCCCUGUGCUACGGCUUUGAAGCAAAGGCGCCCACGGAAGUUGCCAUCCCCAGCCGACGGGUGGAACAAUACGAGCCUGACGCCAAUGAGGAAAGCAUGAAGAUUGACCUGCACCUGGUCGAUGAGAGGCGUGAGCAAGCUUACGUUCGAGCAGAGAACUACCGGCGUCAAGUAAAAUCAUACUAUGACGCCAAGGUACGUUCCCGGGAAUUUCAGGUGGGGGACUACGUCCUCCGCCGAAGGGAAGCAAGCCAGCCGACAGAGGGUGGCAAACUAGCAUUGAAGUACGAAGGGC